AUGACCAGUUGGAAAGGAAACUCUCUCGGCCAGGCAACGACGGAUAUAGGAGCGUUUCUUAAAGAUGUAUCACUAUUUGAACAACCGGAGUUCGGGGCUUUUGACAAAGAUGCCAGAGCAAUGGCAAUUCUGGUAUACGUUAUUGCGGAAGAAGCGUUGGCCUGCUAUAUGCCUGCAGCUAAUUUCGACAAGAAGAUAUUCUACGGGUCUGAACUUGAAUCUGAUGCAAUUUAG